UGUAGGAAAUGAAGCGCCACCAUAAUCAACAUCGUUAAUGAAAAUCUGAAAAUCCAGACUAAAUCAGUUUAACAGUUGAUAAAAGGCUUUUAAUACCCCAACAAGAUUUGACAGCCAGUUGAAAUAACUGUCUAGAUGGGUAAAAAUCUGUUUACAAUGUCUGUGUGACAAUGGAAGACACUGUCAGUCGGAGCUCUCUAGAUUCUUCUUCUACUGGUGAUGAAUAUGUUGUGGUCAAUGGGGAACCAAAACUGAGAAUAACUGGAGAUAUACGAGAUAUAAAUGAUGAAAUCCUUGACAAAAUGGCUUCUUCGUCAACAAUAACAUCAACAGAUUCUUUAAAUAAGGAACCAGAGAAUGAUUUAAAUGAGCAUCAUGCAUUACAAAGCAGCCAAUCAGUGGAUGAAUUUUCAUCAAAGCUACGGCAACAAAAUGCAGCAAGAGAAAGAUCAGUUUCACUUCCUGCAACCUCUAUGGAGGAAACCGACACAGUGUUCAAUGGAGUUACCUACCUUGGAUGUGCUCUUGUCAAUGCUCCAAGGAGUGAGGUAGAAAUCUACAGGAACAUGGCGAUAUUAAAUGAACAAACACAGAUGGUGAUACCUAUCAUUCUGUCUGUGCCAAAUACAUCAAUUGGGAAUAUCAGACAGGAUAAAUUGGUUCGGUUAAUCGAUCCAACCAAUGAUUCGGAAAUUGCAAACUACAAAAUCCAUCGUAUUCUGUUCUGUGCUCGAGGCCCCAAUGAAAGUAAUGAAAAAAAAUGUUUUGCUUUCACCUGUAGUCAUGGUGAUUCUGCUGACAAUGCAAUAUUCCAGUGUCAUGUGUUUAGGUGUGAAAUACAAGAAGCUGUAGGGAAAAUUUUGUAUUGCUUUGCCACAACAUUUAGAAAAGUUCCAAAAGAAAUGAAAGAGUCCAAAAUUAUGUUAGAUGAAGAAUUCGUAUCUACAUUUUCUGUCUCAUUAGAAUUCAAAGAGGAUGAUGGGAAAAAUAAUCUUACGACUUGUCCAAAGGAUAAAAAUGUCUUCAAAUUCAGGAGUAACUAUGAAAAGAAAAUUGUGAUCAACGUCUCACAGACAGGAGAUACAGAACUUAUGAUUGAAAGGUGUUUUGGUUUAUUGAUAUCUCCUGGUAGAAAUGUUAAACAUGCUGAUAUGCAAUUGAUUGAAAUGAAAUCCAUGGGAUAUACAGACGGUAAGAAUUAUUUGGUAUCAGGGAGUUGGGAUCCUACAGAAGAAUGUUUUGUGGUACUAAAUACAGAGACACCUAAAGAUACCAGAGUGUUCCUGACAGUGGCUGUAGAUUUAGUGAUCCAUGGAAUCCAGGAACCAGUUAGAUUUGCCAUUGAAACCAAAGCCAAGAUCUUCCCAAUGACUGAAAGGUUCUGGAAUUUUACUAAACGUCCUCAUCAGGAACUUUUUCACAUAAAUUUAAAACAGUCUGAUGAUGGAAUGUUUGAUGUGGUCAGUGUACACAGCCAAACACAAAUAGAUAGACAGAAAGCUGGAAUGAGUUUACAAGGUCUCAACUCUACCAGACAAAAGAUCCCUGAUGAUAUAACAACACCCCAGGACCCUGAGGAGGAGUCUGAUGGAGAUGAGCCACUACUAAGUGGAUAUGGUUUUGUAAGCAAAGAGAUCACAGAUGAAGAUCUGUUGCAAGCGUGGCAUGAAGUUCUGAAGAAGUGGCAUCAAAAUUUAUCACAGAAACCUAAACAAGUUCCACAUUUAGUCAAGAAAGGCAUUCCAGAAGCACUCCGUGGGGAAGUGUGGCAACUUCUGGCUGGUUGUCAUGACAACUCAGAUCUCUUGGAGGCUUACAGAGUAUUGAUAACUAAGGAUUCCCCAAAUGAAGACGUGAUACAAAGAGAUAUAAACAGAACAUUCCCAGCACAUGAUUUCUUUAAAGAAACUGGAGGACUGGGUCAAGAUUCUUUAUAUAGAAUAAGUAAGGCAUAUUCAGUGUAUGAUGAAGAAAUAGGAUAUGUUCAAGGCAUUUCAUUUGUAGCUGCUUCCUUACUGCUUCAUAUGCCAGAAGAGCAGGCUUUCUCAGUGUUGAUAAAGAUUUGCUUUGAUUAUAAAGUUAGAGAGCUGUUUAAACCAGGGUUUGAAGAUCUACAUCUAAAGUUUUAUCAGCUCGAAAGACUGAUGGAGGACCAUAUUCCCGACUUAUUUGAACAUUUUACAGAGAUGGGCUUGGAAAUCCACAUGUUUGCAUCUCAAUGGUUCCUAACACUGUUUACUGCCAAGUUUCCUCUUCACUUGGUAUUCCAUAUAUUGGACAUGUUUCUGUCAGAGGGCAGUACAUUUCUGAUGGGUGUGGCAGUGGCAUUGUUAAAGUGUUCUAGAAAAGACCUAUUAGCCCUAGACUUUGAAGGUAUACUGAAAUUCUUCAGAGUGAGCUUACCAAAGAAAUAUCGAGGAGACAUCGCUGCCAAAGAAUUGAUUCAGGCGUCUAUCAAUGCAAAGGUGAAAACCAACAAGUUGAAAAAAUAUGAAAAAGAAUACAUAGCAAUGAAGGAGCAGUUACUACAGCAAGAAAAUCCAGUGGAAAAAUUUGAGAGAGAAAACCAGAGAUUACUGGAUGCUAACAUGAGGCUGGAACAAGAAAAUGAUGAUUUAGCACAUGAAAUGGUGGAAAGUAAGCUGAAACUUGGAAGUGAAUUAGACAAGCCAGAAAUUGAGAAGGACCCAGUAGAACAGUAUAAAGAUCAAUGUGAAGAGCUAUCUGGUGAGCUAGUCUUGGCUAAAAAAUUACUUAAAGAUAUUCAAGAGGAAAAACAGAGAUUAGAAGUAGAAUCAUCACAGGUUAAAGAAAUGUGUAGAAGAGAACUGGAAAAAUCUGAAGCUGAUGGUAAAAGAAAUGCUGUAAUAAUUGCUGAUUAUAAACAGAUUUGUUCUCAGUUAAGUGAAAGACUCGAAAAACAACAAACAGCCAAUAAAGAGGAGAUUGGAAGAAUUAAGGGACAAGUUAGGUCAUGUGGCAAUUGUUCAAAGAUGUUUAAAGAUGAUGGAAAGAUAGAACUUCCUGAACCAAAGGUUGAUCCUGAUUCUCUGAACCCUAAAUAUUUAGACCUCCAGGCACAGAUUAGAGAGCUUGAACUCGAACUAGCUCAAACAAAGCUAGCUUUAGUAGAAAGUGAAUGUAAAACACAAGACUUAACACAUCAGUUAAAUUCUACUAUAACUGAAUUACAAUCUUCUAAAAACACUUGGUUUCAAAAGACUAUCAACUCUCUGAAAGAGGUGACUACUCAUAAUACAAAGAAGGAACCUAAAGAUUAGUGAUCAGGAAUUACAAUCAUUUAAAUACACUCGGUUCAGAAGACUAUCAACUCUAUAAAGGAGGGAACCAAACACCAUAGAAAGGAAAUAACAGAUUAGUUAUUAGGAAUUACAAUCAUUUUAGACACUUGGCGACAAAAGACUAUCAACUCUUUCAAGGAGGUGACAAAUCAUACAAGGAAGGAACCUAACUACAAGUUACAAAUUGUUAUUUUGAAAAAGAAAAAUGAAUGGACAUGUUUCAGUUGUUUUGUUUGUGGAUGAAAGAUUUUGUGUUUAUGAGUUGAAAUUGUAUCAGAGCAACAGUGGAUGUAGAAUGUGUGGUUUUAUGAAUUUGUUUAAGUUUUCUUUUUGUUUUGAAUGUUUAAGGCUGUGAAAUAAGCUGUUGAGACAUUUCAGAUGUAUUUAUUUUGUAAGUGUGAGCUGAGUAUUUUACAUUAUUGCUGUUUAUCCAAUGUUCCCAUUGAAGAAAUAAAACCAUGCAGUGUAAAACACGUACAAAGUGUGGAAAAAAGAGACAAAAAAUAUUUGUCACUGUCACUUGUUAACAGUAUGGGGAAUAACAUUCUGAUAAUUUUUUACUGAUUUGUUUUUAUAGGGAACAAAUUCUGAAAUUUAAACUUCAAUCCAAAAUGGAAAAAAAAAAUUGGGAAGACACUUAUCAAAGAUAUAAGCUGUGUUUGCUUGUAUCCAGUCAUUUUAGUUAGACCUAGAGCUUAACUGAUAAAUCCUCUAAUGUGAGGGUACCUAAUUUGCACCUAUUUUUGCAGUUUUUUCAUCUCCAUUUUUUUAAGAAACAGACAAAAGUUCCCAUUCUGUAUUUAUUUUGUAGAUGUAUCCUUAGUUACUAUAAAGUUUCACAAAUUUAAUUUCGAAUCCAUAUUGAAUCAAUGAAAAAUGGCUUUGAACCAACCUCCAAACGAUCCAAGAUUCUGUAUUGAGGAGUACCUAAAUUGAACCCAUGCUUAACAACACAUCCAUAAAAAUUGAAUAACUGAUGUUAUGUUCUAUUUCUCUACAUUUAUUAACAAGUUGACAACAGUCCAUGCAUGUACUGCAUUUUGUAUGAAAUGGAUGUCUGUGACAUAUUUUAAUUUUCCAUUUUUAAACUUGACAUUUUGUAGAUGUUGCAUGCAACAUUUCUGUAAAAAAAUCAAAAAAUCAGUGGAGUCUUCGUCUGUUGAUAUAUAAUGUGACCUUUUUGUUUAUCUUAAAGAAUAUUUAGAUAUGUUGGAAAACAUGCAUAAUGAUAAACGAUGAAUAUGAAUUGUUUAGUCUCUAAGAAAACCUAUAAGAUAUUCAUUGUUAUUUAUGCUGACUGAGUGCAAAUUGGGUACUAGGUGCAAUUUGGGUACUAUAACCUUAAAGUCAUUUUAUGUAGACUGAUAGCUUAAAAUAUAUUCUGAUUUUAGUUGGCCUUAGUGUCAAGGUUGAUCUUGCUUUAAUUUGUUUGUCAAGAAUAACUGAACUUGUAAUGACUGUGUAAGAUGACACCAGAAAGACCUACAGAUUUUAACCCUUCUUCUCAAUUUAUUUCCUCAGGAAGUCCUUGCAGAUUAACUACUGGUUAUGAAUUGUUUAUUUUUAGGGCAUUGAACAUUUUUAAUUUGAAUAGUUUCCUUUCCUUUAUCUGUAUAAAGAUACUUCAGAAUGACAGGGUUAAUUUACAAUAUUGAAUGCAUUUAACAUAAGGGACAAUUUAAUUUUCAUACCUUUUAUUUUAUUUUCUGAUCUUAUUGUAUUACAUAAAACAUGGCCAGGAUCAACUUUUUCAAAAUGACUGUUUCAUGGGAAUAAUUUUAGGACUGUUGAAUGGCUAUUAACUUGUCGACAACAUGUUUUAAUUUGAUUGGUUUAUUACCUCAUUUCUACAAUGUUGUCUGCAUGGAAAUCAUAUUAUUUGUUUUUUUUUCUGAAAAAAGAGUAGAACAAAUCAGUUACUAUUGUUUUCAUUGGUCCUCAGACCUUAAAUGUUACCCUCUGCUUCUGGCUUCAGGUAACAGUUUGCUGUUUUAGUUAAAUAAUUACUAGAAAGUUCCUUCCUACCUCCCACAUCCAUUUUUCUAUUUAAAGGAAUAUCCCUAAUUAACUGUACGGUAUACUGUUGACAAGUUUGUUGCAAACUUGGUAAAAUUUUGUAUGUUAAUUGUUUAGUAUGUAAGAGGCAAACAAUUGUUUAAGUUUGUGAUAGUGGUAAAUUUAAAUUCUAGUCAUUUUAUAUCACAAUGAUUGAUACAUGUUGUACAUAGUUUUGUUAUACAAAUCAUUUUGGCAUAAUUUUGUGAUAUAUCGCAGUUUCAUUCAGAAUUAUUUAUUCCAUCCAUCUGGCAUUUUAAUCAUUUAAAACACAUUUAUACCCACCUAGCCAAGUCUUGGCAUUUUCAUGAGGUAUUACUUUCAUGGGCUUUAACAGAAUUGCCAAGUUCUAUUUUUAUUUAAAUUUUGGGAUCAUAUAAUGCUAUCACGUCGGCGGCGUCUUCUGAAGACAUUUGGUUUCCGGAUAAUAACUUAAGUUUAUGUGUAUGGAUCUCUAUGAAAUUUAACCAAAAGGUUCAAUACCACACAAGGAAGGUUGUUUUUGGGGGUGAUGGUCCCAACCAUUUAGGAAUUAAGGGCCCAAAACAAUCAUUUUUCUAGCUUCAGGACAAUAACUUGUGUAUAAGUAUUGUGAUUGCUCUGAAAUUGUACCACAAGGUUCAAUACCACAAGUAGAAGGUUGGGAUUCAUUUUGGGGGUAGUUGCCCAAACCAUUCAGGAAUUAGGGGCCAAAAAGGGUCUAAAACAAGCAUUUUUUUAAUUUUCAGGCAAUAACUUGUGUUUAAGUAUAUUGAUUUUUCUUAAAUUGUACCACAUUUUACAAAUAGAAAAUUUCUUCAAAUGUUAUUUUUUUUCGAAUAAGGGGGGUGCAAAAAAAGUUGGUUUUUUUUGGGGGGGGGUCAAUUUUUUACCCUCAAGGUUUAAGAAAUUGUCAAUUUUCCAAAGAAAAAUUAGGGGUCGCAAUUUAUCUUUCUAAUUCUUUGUAUAUAGUCUGUAAACAGAUUAAGUUAGUAUUGCGCAACAGCACAGUGUUUUGCACAAAAGCAAUAAAUCUUCAAUUGAAUAUAAAUUCAAAUCAUAUAACCAACUUCAAGUUCUUGGACAACAUUUAUUCUGUGUCAGAAAUCUAUAAUGUGUCAAUAUUUAAUUACAACCCAAUUCAGACCUCUAUCAAGCUUGAAUAUUGUGUCCAUUUUUGCCCCAACUGUUCAUGAUUGGACCUCUGCGGUCGUAUCCAGCUGCGCUAGGCGAAGCAGAUUAUUUUUCUGGCAGUAGAAUUCAUAUCUUGUGAUAUUUAUGUAGAAAAAAAUAAAUACUGCUUAUAGAAAAUAAAACUUCUCUGAGCUGCUGCAUAUAUUUAGAAUUAUUAUAAAAAUAAAACUGUUAUCAAAGUGAAGGGCAGUGUUAUUGCCACAUUAAAAAGUUAAAAAGUUUCACAGACAAUGAAUAACAAAUGGGCCUAUUUUUUCCUAAUCUUUUAUUUUUUUGUAAAAAGAAAUUAAAAUUUCAUGUGUUGAAAAAAGCUAGUCUGUUCAUCUUAUUAAUCUAUUUAUAUUUCAAACCCAAAAUGUUUUCUGAAGUUAUUUAAAUGACUUUUCAGAAAUUUUUAUUUUUAAGUGGACAUAACUGACUUUUCUUAUUGUAUUAGCUACCUUGUAAACUUAUUUUUCUACAUUAAGAUUUAAAAAAUGAACUAUUUAAACCAAAAUGCAAGUGUUGAUUUUUAUUGGCUAUGGUUAUUGUUUAUUAAUUUUUUUGUACAUUGACACAAAAAAUGAACAGUAAAACUUUCAGCCAAUAUUAACAAAUGACUAUCUUGUGCUUAAAAACUUUUUUAAAUUUCCAAAAUUAUUUGGUAGUUUUCAAUGCAGUGAAUAUAAUUUCUGAAGCAUUUAUUUAUCUUGUGUCAACUUUGUGUUACAUACCAUGCCACUUAAGAAUAAAUUUGCUGUAACCGUUCCCAUGGUAAUCAGAGGAUUGUAACAUAAUAUAUAGGUAAAAUAAUCAUCAGGAAACAAUAUUCUGAACUAAAAAGAACAAAACAUUAUUUUCCAAAAGCUACCAUCUUAAAAUUUUCCACCCAGUAAAACAUUCCAUUGAUAUUUUUUGUUUCUGCAUUUUUUUUUGCUGCUGAAUAUACUCAAUACUGCCAUAGAUAUUUGAUGAUCUGAUGAUCAUUAUUUAUACAGUUGUCAUUGUUAAAGACGAUCAUAUUGCUGAAAUAUCAUUUCUUUGUUUCCUGUGUCCAGGGUUAUUUCAAUGGUAGUCAUAAUAUAAAUGAAUUCCAAGAGUUGGACAUGUGUGUAUACUGUACUUCCUAAACCAAAAUGGUAUCCAAAAACCAGUCUCAUUAUAAACAGCAAACAAUGUGCAAUUUAGUGCUAAGAUAUUGAUAUUGAGCUUUUUUAUUGUUGUACAGUGUAUAAUAAUAAUAUUACAAAAAAAUCCAAUAAAUUCCAGAUAUAAAGCAAA